AUGUCACUCCUCAACAACAACCCAAAUCCAACAAUAAUCCCUUUGGAUUUGGCAAUCAACAAAGACCUACUAACCCUUUUGGAUUUGGCAACCAGCAACAACAGCAGCAGCAGCACCAAAGACCCAACACCUUUUGAAAAUAAGUGGUCCCGUGGUGGUGGUGCUGCUCCUUCAUCGCGCCAACAACCUGAUAAUCAACACUCUCAGCCUGCCAAUCAUAAUGGCCCUUGUGACAUCAUUGGUGAUGUUAGCUACGAAGAAUUGCGAGCUGCAGCAUAUGAUGAUUAUAAGCGCGGGUUGAACUUGCAAUCAAUUGUUGAAAGAGAGAGAAGUUUACUCAAUUCGAAGUUGAUUGAGUUCAAUAACCUUCUUCGCAAUCCCUAUAUAGCACCCUCAAAGCCUGCUCCUGCUGGUCAGAGUCCAUUCUUUGGAGCCACUGCCCAUGCAAUUCCAGCAACAGGUCAAAAUACUGCCCCUCCAUCAGUUUCCAGUUUCGGUCAACUGGGACCCUCUCUUAAUAUGAGCCCCCCUGUACCGCCAAACAAUGCCUUUGGGCAAUCAAAUGUUCCUUCAAAUUCUAGCCAGACUGUGAGUGCAUUUGGGACAAACAAUCUUCCAUCUGUAAAUGCAGGCCUGCUUGGUAGCCAACGCCCUAACCAGGCACUUGGAAAUUCCUUCUCCCCCAAUAUAGUAGGCUUUGGCAACAGUGGUGUAAACAGCAUUCAAAGUAUUUCUUCUUCUCCAUUGUCGAUGCAAAACCCAUCAAUCGAGCCUCUUACUUUUAAUACAGCGGGGCAAGCAACUACAAACAUUCAGCCAGCAAAUACGGUGCAAAGGGAGACUGUUUCAGGGGAUGCAAGCAUCUGGUUAAAGGAAAAAUGGAUUCCUGGAGAGAUCUCCUCUGCAGCCCAUGAAGAUGGGGAUCAUGACGUAGACGUAGAUCCAAACCUCAAGUUUGAGAACCCAAGGAUCCGCAGAGCCUACAUUGCCUUGCAGUCAUGGAAACAAGCCAUUUAUUCAGACCCAUUCAACUUCACAACGAACUGGAAGGGCUCAAACGUGUGUUCUUACAUGGGGGUCUUCUGUGCUCCAUCUCCCAACAACAAGAAAAUAAGGGUGGUGGCUGGCAUUGACCUCAACCAUGCUGACAUUGCUGGCUACCUCCCCAACGAGCUUGGCCUUCUCGCCGAUCUGGCUCUCUUCCACAUCAACUCCAACAGAUUUUGUGGAGUGGUGCCCAACAGUUUCCGCAAAAUGAAGCUUCUACACGAGCUGGACAUUAGCAACAAUCGGUUUGUGGGCAAAUUUCCAAAGGUUGUGAUCUCAUUGCCUUCCCUCAAGUACUUGGAUCUGCGCUUCAACGACUUUGAAGGUUCUGUGCCCUCCCAGCUCUUUGACAAGCCGCUUGAUGCUAUCUUCUUGAACGACAACAGGUUCCAAUUUGGCAUCCCAGAGAAUCUUGGAAACUCUCCUGUUUCUGUUCUUGUCUUUGCGAACAACAACCUUGGUGGGUGCAUUCCAGGCAGCAUUGGGAAUAUGGGCAAAACCCUGAACGAAAUCAUUCUCAUAAAUGACAAUCUCACUGGAUGUUUGCCUCCUCAGAUCGGGAUGCUCAAGGAAGUAACUGUGUUUGACGUGAGCUUCAAUCAUCUUCAAGGCUCUCUACCUUCCAGCAUUGGAAACAUGAAGAGUGUUGAGCAACUCGACAUUGCGCACAACAGUUUCACAGGUGUUAUACCUGCCAGUGUUUGCCAGCUGCCUAACUUGCAAAACUUCACCUAUUCUUUCAACUAUUUCACCGGCGAAGCUCCAAGCUGUGUUGCUAUCGGAGCUGUUGCUAAUGGUACCCAGAAUUGCAUUCCUGGCAAGAUGAAUCAGAGAUCGGCCAGACAAUGUUCUUCUGAAGCUGCACGCCCUGUUGACUGCAGCAAGUUCAAAUGUGGUGGCGGUGGUGGAAGUGGUUCUCCAUUAACUCCACCACGACGGCCAUGGAGAGGUUCUCCAGUUACCAGGCCAGCACCAAAGCCUGCUCCCAUGAGAAGGCCAUUUUUACCAUCACGAUCACCACCACCACCACCACCACCAACUUCCAAGUCUUCACCUUCCACCAGAUCACACCCUCCACCACCUCCUACGAGGUCUUUCAAUCCACCACCAUCUCCACUUUUUGCAUCCCCACCACCGCCUACUAAAAAAGUAUCGCCCAGAACACAACUUCCUCCGCCACCGUCUCCACUCCCAUCUCCACCUCCACCUGUAGAGCAACAGCCACCAACUUAUCACCAUAUACCGCCGCCACCGCCACCACCACCUUCCCCUCCUCCCCCCAACCAUUACCAUUCUAAUUAUGCACCGCCGCCACCUCCAACCAAAAAGGUCUCACCACGCACGCAUCACCGUGUACCACCACCUCCAGUACCAGUGGUGCAGAGGCCUUCGGUGCCUAAACAUAAACCGCCACCACCCCCACCUGCCUAUCAAUAUCAAGCACCGCCGCCGCCAAUGCAGUCAGCUGAAGUUCCACCACCAAGUUACCACACUAACUCUCCACCACCACCCCCUCCGCCAACUUAUGGAUAUGCACAUUCUCCUCCUCCUCCAACCUGGCCUACAUCUCCACCUCCAAUGUAUCAAACGCCACCAUCGCCGCCGCCGCCUUCACAAGAACCAUGGCUUCCCCUACCGCCUCCACCAUCAACUGGCUGUAUCAUUCCAGGAUCACCACCGCCAUCAUCACCUUCACCAAGUUAUCAGCACCCACCACCACCACCGUCACCUACACCAAGCUAUCAGCACCCGCAAUCACCUCCACCACCACCUCCUCAACAGCAAUGGCAUUCUCCACCGUCAACAUACCAUCAACAAAGUCCUCCGCCGCCACCACCACCGACUCCAUCGCCACCCCCGCCCGCAAUUGAGAACACAGUACCACUUCCACCGAUUGUAGGAGUAUCGAGAAGGAUAAUUAAGAAGAUGCGAGUCAGUGAUAUUGAGAAAUAUUCUUUUGCGUCUACAGCACUGACGAUCAUCCAUCCAUCGGUUCUGUUCCACAGCGACAUUGUUGAGGAGUUGAGACAUCAAACUGUGGACCUGAGGCUGGCAGAGGCAACGCAAAUUGCAAUUCCUCCUCUCAAUUACCUAAUUGGAGCGUUCAAGCCGUCAUGUAAUGUCUCCAUCACUUUUUCCGAUGCAAAAACUCGCAAGCAGGUUCCUCUGAAAAAGGAGAAUGGUCAGACGCUGAUGGUUCCCCUCUUCCAUAGUCAAGAAAACAUUGCUGGCAAGAUUUCUAUAGAGCCACUCCAAGGGAAGAAGGUUGAUCACAAUGGUGUCAAAGUUGAACUUCUUGGCCAAAUUGAGAUGUAUUUUGAUAGAGGCAAUUUUUAUGACUUCACAUCCCUUGUGCGUGAAUUGGAUGUUCCUGGAGACAUAUAUGAAAGAAAGACAUAUCCAUUUGAGUUUUCGACGGUUGAAAUGCCAUAUGAAACAUAUAAUGGGGUGAAUGUUAGGCUCAGGUAUGUUCUGAAAGUGACUAUCACCCGUGGUUAUGCAGGAAGCAUAAUUGAAUACCAGGACUUUGUGGUUCGCAACUAUUCCCCUCCGCCAUCAAUCAACAACAGCAUCAAGAUGGAAGUUGGCAUUGAAGAUUGCCUGCACAUUGAGUUUGAAUACAACAAAAGCAAGUAUCAUCUAAAAGAUGUGAUUAUUGGAAAGAUUUACUUUCUUCUAGUAAGAAUCAAGAUAAAAAAUAUGGAUCUUGAGAUCAGGCGUCGAGAAUCAACGGGAUCAGGGGCCAAUACACAUGUUGAGACAGAGACGCUAGCUAAAUUUGAGUUGAUGGAUGGAGCUCCUGUCAGAGGUGAAUCGAUACCUAUCAGAUUGUUUCUUAGCCCUUAUGAACUGACACCGACACAUCGCAACAUUAACAACAAGUUCAGUGUGAAGUAUUAUUUGAACCUCGUUCUGGUUGAUGAAGAGGAUCGUCGCUACUUUAAGCAACAGGAAAUUACGAUAUACAGGCUGCAGGAAAGUUCUUAA